AUGCGUCCAGACGGCUCCGUCGUCCCGCGCACGCGCCUGCUCCCCCGCGCGAGCAAGACGGCGACGGCCAAGAGCAUGAAGCUAGCGCGUGAUAGGGUCAACUGCGUCACGCUCUGGUUCCCCCAGGACAUGGCGCCGCCCACGCCGGACCGGUACAACGAGCCCGUCGCUGUCCUCGCCAACAAUGACAAGACGGUCGUCGUCAUCAGCCUGCACGACUUUGAGGCCAAGGACAAGACGGAGCCCCUCGACAUGGUCACGUAUCCUGACUACGUGAACCGGUCCCUCUUGUCGCCCGACGGCCGUCUCCUGAUUGCCAUCCUCGACGACCCCUACCUCUACAUACACCGGCGCGUCGAGAAGCACGACGACCAGACGGCCGCCGGCGACACCAACGCGACCGCGUAUCAGUGGGAAGAGGCGAGGAAGGUCCUGCUCAAGAGCCAGCGCAAGGGCGACCUCUCCGACAGCCGCGGCAGCUUUGCCGCCUGCUUUUUCCCACUCGGGCGCGUAUCUGGCCGUCGGCACGCAGUACGGGCACCGUCUUCCAUCUUUCGACGUCGAGACUUUGACCGAUCUCGACGCUCGACCCGCUGCUGA